AUGACCUUCGGCGUCGAGCUCGAGUUCGCCGUCGCCAUGAUCUUCCCCAACGAUACAAACCCCAAUCCCUCAGACCCUCGCACCGUCAUCUUCAAGCCCACAACGGAAGAGUACACGGACGUCAUUCGAGGUUACCAGCAGCUCAGCCCAGAUCCAGACCCGGAGCCCUCCGCCGCCGUGCUGCACGCCGUGGAGUACGAUUCCCGCCAGCCGGCCGUCUUCCGCGCCGUGUCGCAGACGCUGCAGGACGCGGGCUUCCCCGUGGUCUUCGACGCCAAUCCCAGGAAUGAGACGGGUGUCAUGCCUACGAGCUGGGAGGUCAUCCGGAGCGAUCGGGCGAGGGUCGACAGGUAUGAUAUGGAUGCCGUGUACAAGUACAUGCCGGUCAAGGUCCGGAGCCCGGCGUAUACACUUACGGAAGAGAAUCUGGAGCGCGUGCGGCAGGUGUGUCUGUUGAUACGCAAGACGUACAUAAGCCGCAUUCACGAGACCAUGGCCCUGCAUGUGCAUAUCGGGUAUGGGGACGAGGGGUUUACGAUGGAGACUGUGAGGGAUCUGUUGGCAUUCACGUGGGCAUUUGAGCCGCAGUUUGACUCGCUACAUCCGGAAGCGAAGCUACAGGAUGAGCAUUGUGAGUCGAUGAGGGAUCAGAGUUACAUGGCCAAUGUGUGGUAUGCAAAACAUGGAGAGAGGAUGACGCCUCUACAAGGCGUGGUCAACAUCUGGGGGGUGACAGCCGGGCUAGCGACGUCUAUUGGAACUGCCUUCCAUCCCGCUUUUGAACUGAGUCCAAAGAACCAGAGGGUGAGCUUUUGCGGACUGUUCUGCCGUACGAAGCCCCCGGGGGAGCGGCUCUGCACGGCCAUACCAACGAUUGAGUUCCGGCAGCAUAAGGCGACGCUAUUUGGCGAGAGGGUAACCAUGUGGAUCGAGACCGUGGCCGGUGUCGUGCGGUUCGUGAAGAAUGCCGAGAAAAUAGAUCUGCUGAAUUUGUUUGAGCUGCUCAAGCACGAGAAGUGGGAGAAGCUGGGUGAUGGGAAUGAUGCGCAGAGAGAAGAGAUCAUGGGACCUAUCCUUGCGGACCAUGGCUUCACGAUCAUAGAUUUGCUGCGCCAUACUGGGCUGGAGAAGCAGGCGGAUUACUACGAGGACCAGUGGAAUACGCAUGAGAGAACGCGGUUCAUACCCGUUGUCCAACUAGAAGUGCAACCAGGAGUUAUGAUCGCAGCGGCAAAAUUCCACCCUCGCUUUACUCGGUGGCAGUACUUGGAAGAGCCUGGUGAGCUUUCAGAUGCGCAGCUUAACUCCGCGGAUGCCUCAAGGGUGCUGUGGGAGCAGAUGAGCAGGGUUGUGGAGCUAUAUAAGGACGUUAUUGGGAAGGAUUUGCCGGAGUUGACACCGCCACAAUUUGAUCCCGAAGACCCAGACAUGUGGCCGAUCCAUAUGAGUUCCUUUGAUAGGGAGACGGGGGGCGAGGACUAUGAUGUACGAUAUGCUUCAAAGGGGUCGAAGGUAAAUUCAGCGCUACUUCCGGUACCUCGGAUCAUCGGAACGGACGAGGCCUGCCGCUCGCAGCUAGUCGCUAUACGGAGUCAGUCUGAAUGGUUGGCUCGGGAAUCGAAUCGUGUUGGCCAUGGUCCUGAUGAUUCUCAACCGACUGCAUGCAAACGCUCAGACCUGAUCAUCGUCCGUCACGUGAACAAAGCCCGACGCUCAGAUGCUACUGUACAGUACUGUACUGCACCUACCGGUAUGCCCUAUGCUCAGAUCAUCUCUACUUGGUAUUUGGAGUCCUUGGAACAAACUCGUCCUUCUCGUCAUUCGGAGGCAUCACCAUCACCGGCUUGA